UUAAUAACUUUAUUAAUCAGGAUUUAUUGUUGUCGUUGGAUUUUAGAGAAUGUUUGUGUUUCGUUCUCUGAAGGUUCUUUGUUCUCCUGCAGGAACAUGUUUUAUUAAUGAGCUGCAGAACCAGAAGAAGAAAAAAAUAACAGGUGAUGCAGCAGAAACACGCGUGUUCUCUGCUGCAGAUCAGGAAUAAAUCACGUCAUACUGCCUCAUCAGGAUUCUCAUCAUGGAGAGUCUGACGUCGCAGCAGCAGUAAAUAUAGGACAGGAGGAAGAGGAGGAGGAGGAAGAGGUCUGGAGGAGGAGGAAGAGGUCUGCAGCAGCAACAACGCAGCUCUGCAUCAGGAGGAUGAAGGAACCUCAGCAGCUCCCUCUGCCCGGAGCGUGAGGACGUUUCUGGGCCGUGUCGUCCUCGUUCCUCACCUGUGGUCCUCCACCAGCAUCUCUGCAGCAGCUUCUGUCUUCGGCUGAAUCAUGGACGGACUCCGGCUGCCUCCCGUCAUCGAGGAGGUCCUGGACCCGGCAGACGAACUCUGUGAGCUGAAGGGGGAGAAACCUAUCAUGUUGGGAGAAACUCUGACGGCCAAAGAAAGGGAGUCUCUGGAGGAGAAGGAGGAGCAGCAGGAGGAGGAGAAGGAGGUGAAGGAGGAGAAGGACCAAGAGCCUGGAGGGGGCGGAGCCAAGGGCAGAGAGGCGGAGCUUCAGGAGCUCAGAUCUCAGGUGUUACAGCUGCUGCUGGAGCUGGAGGAGACCAGAGAGGUUUCUCAGAGACACGAGGAGAGUUUCACCGAGCUGCAGGGUCUCCUGGAGGAGGAACGUCUGGCCAGCGCUCACCAGGCUGAGAGCUUCACCAGACAGAUCCAGAGACUUCAAGCUCAGCUGCGCUCAGUGCAGGAGGAGAUGGACAGCCUGGAGGAGGAGAAGGAGAGCGAGCUGGACGAGGUGCAGCAGGAGUUGCGGUCGGUGCAGGAGGAGGUUCUGGUUCUGCAGCAGGCGGCCGAGGAGGUGGCGGCGGAACGGGAGAACGACAUCGCAUCGCUGCAGGAGGAACUCUGCCGUCUGAGGGCGGAGCUUCAGAGGCUCCACGCCAUCACGGCCGAGUACGAGCUGGAGGUGACGACACUGAGGGCUGAGAUGAGCAUGAAGAGCAGGAGUACGGCCCCGCAGGGUGACGUCGUCCAGCUGCAGGAGGAGUUUCUCUCUUUGACAUACGAACGUCAAACUCUGACCUCCGACAACAAACAGCUGAGCAACAAAGUGGAGCAACUGCAGCAGCAACGAGACACGUGUGAUGACGUGUACCUGGCAGUCAGGGUGGAGGGCGACACCGAGCACGUGGACCAGGUGAAGGCGGACUCUUACAUCACUUUGUCCCAGUCGUCACCUGACCAGCAGGACUCGGACUCGUCUUCGGUUCUGGAGGACGUCUCUGAGCUGAACGUCCUGAAGGUUCAGCUGAAACAAGCCGAGGAGACGGCCCAGAAAGUCCAGAGAGAGUGCGACGGUCUGAAGGGCGAGCUGGCCGAGCUGCAGCAGCUGUACGACUGCAGCCAGCAGGAACGAACCGCCCUGGAACAGGAGCUGCAGCGCUGCAAGGCUGAGCUGCAGAAACUGGUGGGCAGGAAGUCAAAGAACUGCACUCGUCCGUCUGAGCCCCCUGUUCUCUCCAUCCCCUUCAUAGGAAUGAUUGUAAUAGUGGCCUUGAUUUGGUGCUGGUGGGAGGAGCUGGCGUCCUAGAGGGGACCAGCAGAGUGACCAUGAAGGCUGGAACCUGGCGGUGGCGGCGGUCGCCGUGGCAGCCAUCGUAGUUCUGGUCAUCCCCAGCUUCACCCGGGCCUGAGGACCAAACAGGAAGUGGCCUCCCGUGGACUGUGGAAUCGCCGUCACCCAUCCAGCGCUGCCCUCAUACAUGUCGCCGUCCUGAUGUCUGCUCGUCGCUUUGACCGAACGCCGCCACAGACGUCAGUGAGUUCUGGAGGGAAACGCAGAAAUGUCACGACUCCAGCAGCCAGUCGGAUUAUCAAUCAGCUGAUCAGAUCUGUGGCUCUCAAACAUCCACUGUCAUGAUCCAACGUCCAGCUGGAGGUUCAGGUUCAGGCUGAGGCAGGUUUUAGCAAAAAAUACAGAAGUUCUAGUGGAAAAAUGGAAAUCAGGAUCAUCUUUAUUUAAUAUUCCAGCUCAUUAACCCUCCUGUUUUCUUUAUUUACGGGCACCAAAAAAUAUUGUUUCCUUGUCUGAAAAAAAUCCAAAAAUUCAGUGAAAAAAUUCCCCAAAUUUCUGAAAAUUUGCAAAACCUUCAGGAAGAAAAUUCCAAUAAUUCCUUAAAAGUUUCCCUUAAAAGUUUUAUUUAAAAAAAAAAAAACAAAUGUGGCAAGAAAAUUCUUGUAAAUAUUUUCAAAACAUGAGUAAAAGUCUUCCAAAAAGUCCUAAAAAUAUCUAAAGUGAUUCCAUAUAUAUCAGUAAAACUUCUAAUAUUUUCUUUAAGAACAUUUUUAACAUUUCUUUUUUUCCACCAAAAAAUGUUCAAAGAUUUUCCAAAAAUGUUGAAAAUGUGGACAUCAGAAGUUUCACUGUGAAAAUAUUUUUUUUCCCACAUUUUCAAACUUUAAAACGGGUCGAUUUUGACCCGCAGGACGACAUGAGGGUUAAAGUGAAUUCUAUCUGUUUAUCAUUCAAACAGCACCGUAUAGAACACGUAAAUAACGGUAGUUAUGUAUUAAAACAAGCUUAAAGUAGUUUAAACGUAGUUAAUCCAGGUAAAUGCUGGAUUUUAACCUUAAUAUUUAUACUUAUUAAAUGGAUUCUAGACUUAGUUUUAAACUGAAAAUCACGUUGAUGACUCAUAUGUACUGCUUAAAUAACUUUCUUUUGCUUUCCACAAAAUCACUUGUAAACCCAUGUUUACAAGUGAUUUAUAAAUAAAGUUAUUAGAAUUUAAAACUUAAAGAUUAAAAAACAAAUCUAUGUUUUGUUCUAUCAUAAUGCUAUUUACCUUUUCCCAUAAAUACACCAUACAAAUUAUAGUAUUUCUCCCUGAAAUGUUUCAGAGGCAGAAAGUAACAUGAUGUUUAAUCGCAAAACUAUUUUAUUUAUGGAAAAUCAAUAAAAAUUUAGUACAAAACUGCAAAAAAAAAAUUACUCAGCAGUCGCAGUUCGUCCAAGUUACGGACAAAAAAAUACAGUGAAAGUUCAGAUUCUGUAUAUUUUUAUUUUUAUAGCCAUGAAUCAAACUUGUUUAACAAAAAAAUAUAAUAACCACUGAAAUAUUGGACUUUGACAAAACAUUGAAUCUGCUGCAGUGGACAGAAGUAAAGCUGAUUUCUUGCCACUAGAGGGCAGAAAUUUAACUCCUACACAUUUACAUAGACUUUCAAAAUUAUAAAUAAUAAUUAACGAUAAUGUAGUUGUUUAUUUAGAGUCACGUUUUUGUCUACUUGACAUAGAAGUCUAAUAUUUUGUGUGUUUGUGCUCUGUUUUUGGUCUCCUCCAUCCCUAUAAGGAUGAUUCAUGCUCAUCAGCUCACCUCUGGUUUUAACUGAUUCGGUGAAAGUGAAGUUCGUUGAUUCAAAGUUGGAACAGAAGUAUUAAAAACAUCUCAAAACAUCUCUACAUUCACAUUAAACUAAAAAACAUCGGUUUACGAGGCUUCGAGUGAAAAAGUUUGUCUAUAAAUUAACUCUUUAGUGGAACUUCUGGAUCGCGACGGCUGUUUGAGAAUCACCUGAUUUGCUGUUAAACUAUUUCUUUCAAAUCAUUUAUCAAUGAAACAGUUGAUCGAUUGAUUCUGUAUUUAAUCUAAAUCUGGAAUCACCAAAGUCCAAAACACAAAACUGGUUGAUUUUCUAAAAACUCCGAUCUGAGAAUCUUAGCAGAUAUGUUUUAGAUUUUUACUUUUGGAUUUAUUUUGUUGCUGAUGGAUCGUUUGAGCUCUGAGAUUCUUCUGUUUCUUCGCUGGAUUAAAGAAUAUUUUUCUGAUGAUGGAGAAGAUAAAGUAGCAGAUAAAACUUGAUUGUUUGGUGUUAUGGCAUCAACUCUGCUUAACGGUGUUCAUCGUCCAACACGUGUCUGUUUAAAACCAACCAGUUUGGAGCUUGAAAAGCUGAUUUAUUUCAUAGAUCAGUUUAAAACGUCUGUAUAUGUGUGUUUCUUGAACUUCUCCACCAGUGAAAUAGCACUUUUUUAAAAACCUAGCAGUUAUUAGUUAGAAUAGAAUAGAAUAGAAUAGAAUACAAUAGAAUAGAAUAGAAUAGAAUAGAAUAGAAUAGAAUAUGCUUUAUUGUCAUUAUACAGUGUAUAACGAAAUUGAAAAGCUUCUCCUUUUCAGUGCAGAAAUCUUUAAAAAUAGUGCAAAACAGUCUAUUUACAAAUAUACAUAUAAAUAACAGUGUGAAUAUAAAUAUAAAUAGCAAAGUGAAUGAGGUAGUGGUGUAUAUUGCACAUUUGGAGAUAAUUUGACUGAUUUCACUGUGUUUUAACUCAGACUGGACUGGAGUCGCUUUAAAUCUAAAAAAACCGACUUCUGUUGUAGUAAACGGUUGGAAAAGUGUAAAUGUUGCUGUUAAAAAUGUACAUUUCAGGUUUUCUUUAUGCAGAUAUACACUUUAUUGUAGCUCUGAAUGUUGAUCAAAGUUCAGGUUUUAAUGAAACUUAAGAAGCUGAAAACUAAUAUUAUUUAUUAAACCCUUUACAGCCCCAUUCUGACAAGAUUAAUAUGAAAUAUUUCAUCUUAUGUGGACAUUAUUUUAGCCAUUUUCACUAAACAGAACCAUUUAUAGCCAUUUUCUGCAUCAUAAAAUUUAUAUCAUUACCACUUUUAACAUCAUAGAUAUAAAAUUAUUUCCUUUAGUUGCACUUUUAUAGACAAACUGCUCAAAUGUUUGAAAACCAGUUGUGAUUUUACAGUAAAGUACAUCAUAUUCAGCCUGGAAAAGAAUUAGUUAUUUAAGUAAUAAAUUCUUUAAGUAUUUUUUUUCUCACUGUGAUUUUAUUUUUCCAAAGAAAAACUGUUCAGAAGCCAGAUUAGUUGAAAACCGUGAACAGAAGAGGACUGAUAACGGAGCCCUGUGGAACCUCGGCUAACUUCAAAAUCAGACAAUGUCCUGAACGGCGCCCCUUGUGGCCACAAAUGACAAUCACAGCACAGGAUACGUUGAAGUUCUCUUUGUUUCCCAACAUUCUUGGACCAGUUGUAGUUGUAGAAAGUCAUUUUUACUCUUAAACAGAAAUUCAGUAUUUCAAUUUUUUGCUUUUUCCUUCAACAAAUAUUUUACUUUUUACUCUACUACAACUAUGUGAUAACUAUAUUUACUUAGCAGAUUUAGUUUAAUAAUCCAAAAUAUUAUCAACAACUAAAUGAUUGUGUAAUUGAGUAGAUUUUCUCGUUUAUUGAUUCCUGAGUGAAACUUCAAACUUCCCAGCAACUAAAGUCUAAUUAAAUCAACUUUUCAGUUUUAACAUUAAAGUGAAAAUAACAAUCCAAACCAAUAAUAUACAGAAUUAUUUUCAUAAUCUACCAUCCAGCAUAUGGAGUACUUUUACUUUUAGUACUUUAAAUAUAUUUUGAUGUUGAUACUAUGCACACUUAAAUAUGAGUUUAAACCGAAGAUGUGUUUAUUUCUACACUGUGAUACUGGAACUUUUAGUAAAGUACAAGAAGUACCACGUACCUUAUCCACCUCAUGAGUUAAACUUUUGUGUCAUUCAAACAUUUUAAACAAAAAUUGAGAUAAUACAAUAUUUUUAAGGCGGAGAAUAAGAGCAAUUAACAAUUUAAAUAGAAACCAAAGAGGACCGACAAUAGAGCCCUGUGGAACUCCACUUCAAGAACAACGUCAUAAAAACAUUUCAGUUGGGUUAUCAUCCUGAUUUUUUUUUUUUUUUUUACUAUUAAAAGAAAAAAUAAGUAAAAUACAGAACAAAUCCUGUCUGAAUGCGGCUUUGAGGAUCUACUUUCCAACUACGUUUUGGUUUUUAGUCGGUCUAACCUCUCAAAGUCGUCUCAGAUUAUUUUUUCUUACGAUUGUUUUGUAGCUUUAACUUUUUUAUUGAUAAAAUCUUCCUUAUUUUUGCACAGUUUCAAUCUUUAAGUAAAUCUUUAUUCAUGUUUACAUUAAAAUUGAGACCAAAUAAUAGAAAAUCUAAUUCAGACGACUGUGAUCCUGUUUGACGCUUAAUCAGGUAGAAAAUAAUAAUCAGUAACAGACAUUCCGCUUUAUUUAAGUUUUAAACCACAGAGAAAUAAAAUAAGAAGCUUCCUAAUAUCUGAAACACAAAGAACGAUCUGUGAUUAAAUGUAGACAACAGAAGUAGAGACAUUAAUGAGACAAAGAACGCCUUCAGGAUGUUAAAUGAACUCAUAUUAGUUCUUUAGUGUUUAUUGAUAAGAAUGUAGCAGGUUUCUAAUGGUUCUAAAUGAUUAGUAGCAUGGACACAUUCUGCAUGUAGUUAACUAAACUUUAAAAGUGUUUUUGUGACGUAAUAAAUCAAAUCACAUCAUGAACAUAACCAUCUAAAGUCAAAAAUCACAGAAAAAAACACAUUUUAUGAAAUAUUAAGUCAAAUUAAAUGUACAGAAGCCCAUUUCUGACAAAAAAGAAAAAACAAUAAUAAAAAGCAAAACAUUUGACUUAAUGUUCCAUAAGUUUGAUUUAAAAUCUGCAAAUUUUGACUUAAUUAACUUCAAAAUUUAGAUUUACUGAAUAAUAAAUGUAACACAAUGAUCUAACUCUGACUUUUUAAGUGUUUUACUUCAUGUUUAAUAACUUUUAGUCGUGUUUCCACAGUUUCAUCGCCGUCUUUAUCUGUAAAUACUCAACAGAACGGGUUUUAUUUGUGAAUAUUGCUCGUUUAGGUCACUUUAUUUUUAAAUUAAUUAAUGUCAGUAUAUAUUCUAAAUCUUCAUGGAAGCUGCAUGCUAAUAUCUCUGCACCAAUAUCUGAUUAUUUUUAUUGACUUUAGUUUUUUCUGAGAACAGUUUUGAUGCCUGUUUUAUCAUUUUUCUUAUGACUGAUUAAACUGUGGAUGUUAAUGAAUUCAAUGUAGCACAGAAACAACUGAUUAUUGGUUUAUUGAUGAACAAACUGUAUAUUUUCGGGAUUUAUUCUUCCGUAACUAACAGCAUCAACACAACUGAGUGCUUUAAGUGUUUGAAAUGUUUUUUUUGUUGUUGUAAAAGUUCUGAUAUAUUUAAGUGAAUAACUUUUAUUUGCACUAAAGUUCAAGAAACUUGAACUUGUGCAAAAGUGCAAAAUUCACUCAAAAAUCAAGCGUUAAAAAUAAAUCUGCGAAGUUUGGUACGAACGUUUUAUGUGUGAAAAAGUGUCUAACAUCUUGUCACCAAACCUGAUGGUUGUAAAAGUGAAACUAAGGGUGCUUUCACACCUACGUCUUUUAGUCCGCUUAAAGCGGACUGGAGUCCGCAACACCUGCAAGUACGGUUCGUUUGGGCUGGUGUGAAAGCAUACCAGAUUUUUUUGGUUCGGACUAACGAACCGCACCGAGACCACUUUCGGGAGGUGGUCUCGGUCCGCUUCUAUGUGAACUCCAGUUCGGUUUGCUCCUGGUGAGAACACAAACCUGUCUCCAUUCGGACCGGCUUGAUGGCGCAGCAGACUUUUUGGUCUACGGGAGCUUCCGUAGCUUCCGGGAUUUUUCCCUCUUCACAUGCUGCGCCAAUCAGCGUACACCUACGUCAUCGUAAACGCCUUGUUUUCUAAACAGCGCCGCCAAACGACUGGGGGGAGAUAUAACAUUAAUUGGAGUAGGUUCAAUGGCGAAAACACUGGUGUGAAUGCGAACCGAACCAGUUGAAAAUAGCAACAUUGUAACAACUUUUGGGUCCAAACGAACCACUCUAGCAGACUAACAGGUGUGAAAGCACCCUAAUAGUGAUGAAAUAAUCGUCAAAACAAAAGAAAACACGACGACUUAGAGUAGCUGCUUAGUUUUCUAUAAAUAUUUAUCAUGUUAUUCGAAUAUCUACAAGCUUUAUUUAACGUUUUAUUGUCAUUUAAUUGUUAGUUUUCCACAAAUAUUCAAGGAGCGGUUUUAUAACUUCAUGUAUAAAUAAUACUGUAGAUUGUAGAUUCAUCACCUGAACAAAAAAAAGUUCCUGAAAGUCCCUCAAGCAUCUUCGAAAAACAAGCGUUUUGUUACCGAAAUGUACGAAUUUAGAGGAACCUAUGAAAGUUUCAAUAAUUUCUUCUUCGUGACGUUAGCUAGCCAUAGCCGUCGGUGUUGCAUGUUAGAUUUAGAGAUGAAGUGAAUUUGCAUGAAAGUAGAUUCAACCGCUGUAACAGCUUUAGCUUUAGCUAUAGCCUUAGCAUUAGUGUUAGCCGGCACUCAGUGGUAGCAUGAGCGCUGUAAUCCAACUCUUCCAUUAGCUAACCUCAACUGUUUACCUGUUUUGCUGUUAAAGUCUGAUAUUUCAAAAUCUACUCGUUUGUAAAGAGUUUCCUCCUGUGUGCAGGGUUAACCUAGCUUAGCAUAUGGAAUGGAAUUAGUAGCAACCUCUAGCUACUGUUGCUAUAAAAUGACUAGCUUGAUUGUCCGACAAUAAGUUAAUAUCACUAGUAAAUGUUGGCAGCUAUCCAACAUUAUGCUAGCAGUUUGUAGCUAACUGCUGUAAACAGUUAACCUAGCUUAGCACAAGAACAGGAAUUAGUAACAACCUCGAGAUAUUGUUGCUAUGAAAUGACUAGCUUGAUUGUCUGACAAGAAGUUUAUAUCGCUAGUUGAUGUUGGUAGCUAUCCAACAUUAUGCUAACAGUUUAUAGCCAGCUGCUGUAAACAGUUAGCCUUGCUUAGCAUAAGGACUGGAAUUAGUAGCAACCUCUAGCUACUGUUGUUAUAAAAUGACUAUCUUGAUUGUCCGACAAGAAGUUUAUAUCACUAGUUGAUGUUGGCAGCUAUCCAACAUUAUGCUAGCAGUUUGGAGCUAGCUGCUGUAAACAGUUAGCAUUAUCUAAUAGAUGUUUUAAUGGUUACAAACAUCAUGUUGGGCGGACUAGUGUAGUACAAUGACUGUAUUUGCCCCUUGGAGAUAGCUGUUAGCAGUGACGCUACCAUGAUAACUGGAUAAGCUUUUCUAACUAGUUAUUGUUGUUAGCUACAGUUAGCCUAUCCAACACUGUGCUAGUUUUAAUAGUUAUGUCAUUAGGUGAGCUGUUUGCAGCUAGUUGCUGUUAGGAUGGGUACAAGCAGAGUGUUUGGUGGCUAAUCUCUGUGGGGUUUAGCCUAGCUUAGCACAUGGACCGGAAUCAGGAAGAAGCAGCUGGCAGUGUUGCUACAAGAUGGCUAACGUGAUUAUUUUAUGACAUGUUUUAUAGCUAGUUAAUGUUGUGUUUUUUGUUUUGUUUUUUAGCUAUUUGCAGUUAACAGAUAUAAUCGGCUGUUCAUAGCUAGCUGCUGGUUGUUUGAUAGCAUUAUUAGCUGUCUGGCUAGCAAAGUAAAUCUGUAAGAAUCUAACAGUUCCACCUGUUUCCAGUCUUUGUGCUAAGCUACGCUAACAUGUCCUAGACCUGACACACAGAUAAAAACUGAAACAAGAAGGUUUUAGAGAUGUUUAAACUGCUCAGAUUAGCGUUUGUUCUGUGAGACUGUGUCUGUUAGCUUUGUGCUCGUUGCUGUCAGGUGAUGUCAUGUGAUGUCAGGUGAUCUCAAGUGAUGUCAGGUGAUGUCAUGUGAUGUCAGGUGAACUCUGACAUUUUGUCUUGAGGCUGUCUGAAGUGAUUUUCUGAUCUUUGUUCUGAUGUUUCUGCUGUCGUCAGAUCCAGAUUGUAUUUUUGUGUUUCAUGGACUAAAACAUUUUGUAAAAGAAUAAAUAAAUGAAUAAAUAAAGUUGAUUCUUCUGGUC